CCCCGACUGAAGUCCCACUGAGCGGCUCUCUAACUUCAGUGUCGAGCCUGAAAGCGGAGAACGAAGAGCAGAGAGCGAAAGACAAACAUAGACAGAGUCGCAGCUCAACAGCCUAUUUGGACUCGUAAGAAACAGAAAAACCGCCUCUUUGAAUUCUGCUUUUUAUCCACGAUUACUACCGGUCGCUUUGAGGAUUUACACUGAGCUCUCGGUGUUUAAUUUAGAUGAUUUUCCUCCAUUGUUUGUCGAAGUUUGCGACUGUCACGACUUAGUUACGGACCUUUAUCUCGACUGUCUGUGGGAUUAAUCGUUUUAAUUCAACACUUCAUAAUUGGACUCUUAACUACUUUCUUUCUAAGGCGGUUUUUCUUUUGUGGAGUGUUUUUUUCUAACGGAGCAGUAACGGUAGGCUACAUUAGGACCUGCCUUUGCCAUGGAGAAAUAGCGGUGUAACCCACCCCGUGUUUUUUUACUUUUUAAUGACUAUUUUUAAAAGACAUUGCUCAGUUUUUGACUACCACAAUGAGCAUGGAUGGUUAUCGGCUGAAGGUUGUGAUUUUGUUGUGGUGUUUGCUGGUGAUAUCUGGCUCCAGCUUUGAGAUAGGCUCCUACGACCUGGAGCGAGACAGACCGGCCAAGUGCGAGGCAAUCACGAUCCCCAUGUGUGUCGGCAUCGGCUAUAACCUCACGCGGAUGCCCAAUUUCAUGGACCACGACGACCAGAAGGAGGCUGCUAUCAAGCUGAACGAGUUUGCCCCUCUGGUGACUUAUGGCUGUGAUGUGCACCUCCGCUUCUUCCUCUGCUCCCUCUACGCCCCCAUGUGCACGGACAAAGUGUCGACCUCCAUCCCAGCCUGCAGACCCAUGUGUGAGCAGGCCAGGGAGAGGUGUGUCCCUAUCAUGAAGAAGUUCAGCUACACCUGGCCAGAAUCGCUCAACUGCUCCAAGCUGCCCACCAGAAACGACCCCAACGCCUUGUGCAUGGAGGCGCCCGAGAAUGAAACCAGGACCGAGGUCAAGAAGGGCGAAGGCAUGCUUCCGGUGCCCCAUCGCCCCAGGCCACUGGGCCCCAGCAGUGGUCGCCCCCCAGGCUGCGAGAACCCGGAAAAAUUCCAGUUUGUGGAGAAGAGCCAGUCGUGUGCACCGCGCUGCUCCCCUGCUGUAGAUGUCUUCUGGUCCAGGCAGGACAAAGACUUUGCCUUCAUUUGGAUGACAGUGUGGUCCACCCUCUGCUUCGUCUCCACCGCCUUCACCGUACUCACUUUCCUCCUGGAGCCCCAUCGCUUCCAGUAUCCGGAGCGCCCCAUCAUCUUCCUCUCAAUGUGUUACAACGUCUACUCUAUGGCAUUCAUCAUCCGCUCAGUAGCCGGGGCUGAGAACAUCGCCUGCGACCGGGAGAACGGAGAACCGUACAUCAUCCAGGAAGGGCUGGAGUCCACAGGCUGCACCAUCGUCUUCCUCAUCCUCUACUACUUUGGCAUGGCCUCUUCUAUCUGGUGGGUCAUCCUCACCCUCACCUGGUUCCUGGCUGCAGGGAAGAAGUGGGGCCACGAGGCCAUCGAAGCUCACAGCAACUACUUCCACAUGGCUGCGUGGGGCAUUCCAGCUUUGAAGACCAUCAUCAUCCUCACAAUGAGGAAGGUGGCUGGAGAUGAGCUGACGGGCCUGUGCUACGUGGGGAGCAUGGACCCCGGGGCGCUCACAGGCUUCGUCCUCAUCCCUCUGUCCUGCUACCUGAUCAUCGGCACCUCCUUCAUCCUCACUGGCUUUGUGGCUCUCUUCCACAUCCGGAAAGUGAUGAAGACGGAGGGCACCAACACAGAGAAGCUGGAAAAGCUCAUGGUGAAAAUCGGCAUCUACUCCAUCCUGUACACGGUGCCGGCCACCUGCGUCAUAGUCUGCUACUUCUACGAGAGGCUAAACAUGGACUACUGGAAGCUGAGGGGGCUGCAGAUGAAGUGUGGCUCGUUUAACGGUCUCAGCGGGGACUGCUCGCUCCAUACGUCUGUGCCCACAGUGGCCGUGUUCAUGUUGAAGAUCUUCAUGUCACUGGUGGUGGGCAUCACCAGUGGCGUAUGGGUGUGGAGCUCUAAGACCCUGCAGACCUGGCAGGGGCUAUGCAGCCGGAAGCUCACAGACAGGACUAGAAGCAGAAAACCCUGCAGCGGGGUCAGCUGUGGCAGCACACACUGCCACUACAAAUCUCCUGCUGUGGUUCUGCACAUGGCCAAGACUGACCUGCACUCAGACAACCCUACACAUGUCUGACAGGGAGCAUGACAGAGACACACACACACACACACACUGCUAAAUGCAACCACAUACACUCAAAAACACAUAUGCACACACCAAUGCCCUGAGUGAGGAGCUGCUAAAGACUUUGUGAGAAGAUGAAUUUAAAUGUCAGUUGCUGCUCUGCUACUGCUGCCGAGGGACACACAGGUACUAGCGUCACUAUGAAAAACUAUCUAUAAACAGUAUUCAAUGCAUAAAGGGAAAUGUUCAGUAUUGUUACCCAUAUUUUUCUGUGCAGUAGUCAUGCCCAGUGUUUCAAAGCAAAAGAAAAGAGGUAUAGGAGGUAUCUUGGGAAGUGUUUUCCUCCGUGAAAGUGGCAUGAUUACAUGUACAAAUCUGUAUAAAUGUUUUAUUUAUUGUAAAUAUAUUUAAUUUAAAGUUGGCUCUUAUCAGAUUUGUUGUUUAGAUGCAUUUAUUAAAAGGGAAAUGAAGUGCCUUUUUAAAAUUGGUUCUGGCCUUUUUGGAGGAUAAUAAAUGUGUGGAAUUCAUGUUAAAA